AUGUCAACAGAAGGAAGCGGAGAGACACCUUCGACGGUGCCAAGUUUGCCGGGGGCACCGGAGCAAACGUACUUAUUUCCAAAGGCAAAGGGACACUCAAGGUCUGUAAGUCAUGGUGGAACACCGACUCUCAGUGGCAACCUUGCGGCACCGCGGCCGCCUCUCAAAUCUGCAUUACGUGGACAUCAGCGUGCGUUAUCCCAUGGCCAGAUCGGGGAAGGAGGUCGCGCUGCGUCGAGCUCUGGACACAGCAGAACUGGUAGCCGCACAGAUUUUAUACUACCGCCAGGUCAUCGUGAGCCGGCACCCGUCAGUGCACAGCCACGGAUCAAUUCGCUUCGCGGACAUCAUUCGCGGCAAGCUUCACGAUCCGAUUCCAUUUAUACCAUUCGUCGUGAUUCAGUUGUCGGCCCUUGGCGGCGGGCCGCGUUCUGGCUGAUGCGCCGUCAGCAACCAGCUGUAGAUAACAGACAUCUAAUGGUCACUCCUAACCAUCUGGUCCCUGAUAAAACUCCUCCAAAGGAACAUCCAAAUGGACAUAGAUGUGACAAUAAAAUAAGAACUACUAAAUACACAUUCCUCUCAUUCAUACCUAAAAACUUGUUUGAACAAUUCCACAGAAUUGCAAAUGUGUACUUUAUUUUUAUAGUGCUUUUAAACUGGGUGCCAGCUAUAAAUGCAUUUGGCAAGGAAGUGGCUAUGUUGCCAGUGUUAUUUGUGCUUGGUGUUACUGCUAUUAAGGACUUAUUUGAGGACCGUCGCAGACAUCUCUCUGACAAGAGAAUCAACAACUCAUUUUGUCGAGUCUACAAAAAGUGA